AACACCCUUUCCCGAACGCGCUUUCUCUCCCUUCACUGCAUCGGACCUGCGUUGACCUUGACCUCGCCCUCUUCCUCUUUUUUUCCCCUCCCACCAACCUUUCGCGGAGGCCGCGCGGGUCGUCAGGCCCCUUCCAGCCUUUACCAACCCUCGAGGAGAUCAUAUCAAUCUGGCCGAGAAAUCCUUCGAGCCCUCAAGAGAAGAAGAUCCAAUCCAAAAAAUCCAAUCCCACCAUGGCUUCCACCAACUCAGGUGCAACUCCACCUCCAAAACCUUGGGAACAAGCAGGGAACUCAUCUGGUCCUGCACCUUUCAAGCCGCCAUCAUCUGGCAGCACAAGUGAAGUAGUUGAAGCAUCUGGGACAGCAAAUGCAGGAGAGAUUGUUCCAAAUGCUCAGAGGAAUACUUCAACAACAAAUACUCUUGGGAGGCCUGUGCCACCAAGGCCAUGGGAGCAAAGUUAUGGGAACAGCUAUUACAACUCAGGCCAUGGUUCCAGCUUAUUCAGUCCAUAUAGUACACUUGGUGGUUCAUAUAAUAGUGGCCUUUAUGGAAAUAGCAUGUACAGAAGUUUUGGAGGUUUUGGAGGCAACAUGUAUAACAAUGGAUUUGGUGGCCCAUUGGGUUCUUAUGGGAUGGGUGUUGGUGGUCCGUAUGGCAAUGAGGAUCCUAAUAACCCAUAUGGCCCUUCAUCACCUCCAGGCUUCUGGAUAUCCUUCAUUCGAGUGAUGAAUGGAGUUGUGAACUUUUUUGGUCGGAUAUCAAUCCUUAUUGAUCAGAAUACUCAAGCCUUCCAUCUGUUUAUGUCAGCACUUCUUCAAAUCAUCGACCGUACUGGCUUAUUAUAUGGUGAGCUUGCAAGGUUUGUGUUGCGGUUGCUGGGGAUCAGAAAAAAGCCAAGAAAAGACCAAAAACUGGGAUCUUCUGAGCUUUCUGGUAACUCUCAAGUGCCGGGACAAAGGUACAUUGAGGGCCCUAGAGAUGCUAGUGGUUCGUGGGAUAAUGUCUGGGGAGAUGGUAUCAGAGGAUCCAGCUGAAACAGGCUUGGGGUAUGUAAUAGAGCAUGGAAUUCAUAAAAGUGAUUUUUGAUGCAGCCAUGAGUAAAGGUUGUGAUGCAUGUUGAGAGGUAUUGGUUAUUGUUUCUAGUCUCAGGCAUGUUCGGAUUACAAUGGUUGUUCAAGUAAGUGAUUUCUACAUAUAAUCUGUAUGGGAGUAAAUUUUCCAACUUGCUGGGACAAAGAUCCAUAAUUCUGCUGUUCAUCAGUCAGUUUCUUGCUGAUAAAUUAUAUCAGUCAGCUGUCAGAUGUGCUCUGUGAUUCUAAACAGCCAAUAUCUGUUACUUCUUAAUUAGUACAUUCAGCAUUGCACAUGCUUCAAUUGCUUUUUGGUGGCUCCUGUUACGACCUUACAAAGUAAACCAUCGCAAAUCAAAUAGUCAUUUAAUUGCUCCCAGAGGUUUUGUUCUUAUAGAUCCCUGGUUUAUGUAUGCUGAACAAAGUUGACAUUCAUUAGAUUGGUAUUUUCUGUUGGGCUGUUGGUCUUA